AUGUGUGAGAGCCGGAGCAUGGUAAGAAUGGCUUUAAUUGCGAUGAGUUAUCAUCUAGACCAGUGUAAUUGAGCCCCCAUCUUAAGGGGUGGCACUUCUGACAAAUUGAUUUAAUACCGAAGCGAUUCUCCCGUCCGUAAUGGUGGAUCGGGUCCUUCUCUCCACGCUGGGCCACAGGCGCAGAGGCAAUUGUGUGCGGUGAUUACUAACUGCUCUGUAAUCGCUCUCUGUCGUCUGUGUGCGCAAGAGGACUCAGACACACACCCAGGACCCAUGGCAGGGCACAUAGGUCUUAGCCUAUGCCUCAGGUAGCCCUGAACAUACCCAUCAUACUGAAGCACUGUAGGGAGAGAGAGAGAGAGAGAGGGCUGAUAUGGAGAGUCACUAGAAGUCAAUACGACAUCAAAUUUUAUUGGUCACAUACACAUAUUUAGCAGAUGUUAUUGCAGGGUGUAGCGAAAUGCUUGUGUUCCUAGCUCCAACAGUGCAGGAAUAUCUAACAAUUCACAACAAUGCACACGUCUAAAAGUAAAAGAAUAGCAUUAAGAAAUAUAUACAGUUGAAGUCGGAAGUUUACAUACACCUUAGCCAAAUACAUUUAAGCUCAGUUUUUCACAAUUCCUGACAUUUAAUCCUAGUAACAAUUCCCUGUUUUAGGUCAGUUAGGAUCACCACUUUAUUUUAAGAAUGUGAAAUGUCAGAAUAAUAGUAGAGAGAAUUAUUUAUUUCAGCUUUUAUUUAUUUCAUCACAUUCCCAGUGGGUCAGAAGUUUACAUACACUCAAUUAGUAUUUGGUAGCAUUGCCUUUAAAUUGUUUAACUUGGGUCAAACGUUUCAGGUAGCCUUCCACAAGCUUCCCACAAUAAGUUGGGUGAAUUUUGGCCCAUUCCUCCUGACAGAGCUGGUGUAACUGAGUCAGGUUUGUAGGCCUCCUUGCUCACACACGCUUUUUCAGUUCUGCCCACAGAUUUUCUAUAGGAUUGAGGUCAGGGCAUUGUGAUGGCCACUCCAAUACCUUGACUUUGUUGUCCUUAAGCCAUGUUGUCACAAAUUUGGAAGUAUGCUUGGUGUCAUUGUCCAUUUGGAAGACCCAUUUGCGACCAAGCUUUAACUUCCUGACUGAUGUCUUGAUGUUGCUUCAAUAUAUCCACAUAAUUUUCCUUCCUCAUGAUGCGAUCUAUUUUGUGAAGUCCACCAAUCCCUCCUGCAACAAAGCACCCCACAGCAUGAUGCCGCCACCCCGUGCUUCACGGUUGGGAUGGUGUUCUUCGUCUUGCAAGCACCCCCUUUUUCCUCCAAAAUAAAAACGAUGGUCAUUAUGGCCAAACAGUUCUAUUUUUGUUUCAUCAGACCAGAGGACAUUUCUCAAAAAAGUACGAUCUUUGUCCCCAUGUGCAGUUGCAAACCGUAGUCUGGCUUUUGUAUGGCGGGUUUGGAGCAGUGGCUUCUUCCUUGCUGAGCGGCCUUUCAGGUUAUGUCGAUAUAGGACUCGUUUUACUGUGGAUAUAGACACUUUUGUACCUGUUUCCUCCAGCAUCUUCACAAGGUCCUUUGCUGCUGUUCUGGGAUUGAUUUGCACUUUUCGCACCAAAGUAUGUUAAUCUCUAGAAGACAGAACAUGUCUCCUUCCUGAGUGGUAUGACGGCUGCUUGGUCCCAUGGUGUUUAUACUUGCGUACUAUUGUUUGUACAGAUUAAUUUUGUACCUUCAGGCGUUUGGAAAUUGCUCCCAAGGAUGAACCAGACUUGUGGAGGUCUACCAUUUUUUUUCUGAGUUCCAGGCUGAUUUCUUUUGAUUUUCCCAUUAUGUCAAGCAAAGAGGCACUGAGUUUGAAGGUAGGCCUUGAAAUACAUCCACAGGUACACCUCCAAUUGACUCAAAUGAUGUCAAUUAGCCUAUCAGAAGCUUCUAAAGCCAUGCCAUCAUUUUCUGGAAUUUUCCAAGCUGUUUAAAGGCACAGUCAACUUAGUGUGUAAACUUCUGACCCACUGGAAUUGUGAUACAUUGAAUUAUAAGUCAAAUAACCUGUCUGUAAACAAUUUUUGGAAAGAUGACCUGUGUCAUGCACAAAGUAGAUGUCCUAACCGACUUGCCAAAACUAUAGUUUGUUAACAAGAAAUUUGUGGAGUGUUUGAAAAACAAGUUUUAAUAACCUAAGUGUAUGUAAACUUCCGACUUCAACUGUAAAUAUUAGGACGAGCAAUGUCGGAGGGGCAUUGACUAAAAUACAGUAGAAUAGAAUACAGUAUAUUCAAAUGAAAUGAGUAAAGCAGUAUGUAAACAUUGUUAAAGUGACCAGUGAUUCUAUGUAUAUCGGGCAGCAGCCUCGAAGGUGCAGGGUUGAGUAACCGGGUGGUAGCCGGCUAGUGAUGGCUAUUUAAAAGUCUGAUGGCCUUGAGAUAGAAGCUGUUUUUCAGUACAGCUUUGAUGCACCUGUACUGACCUCACCUUCUGGAUGGUAGCGGGGUGAACAGGCUGUGGCACAGGUGGUUGAUGUCCUUGAUGAGCUUUCCUGUGACAUCGGGUGCUGUAGGUGUCCUGGAGGGCAGGCGGUGUGUGUGUGCCUCCGGUGAUGCGUUGGGCAGACUGCUCCACCCUCUGGAGAGCCCUGUGGUUGCGAGCGGUGCAGUUGCCAAACCAGGUGGUGAUACAGCCCGACAGGAUUCUCUCAAUUGUGCAUCUGUAAAGGUUUGUGAGGGUCUUAGGGGCCAAACCGAAUUUCUUCAGCCUCCUGAGGUUGAAGAGGCACAGUUUUGCCUUCUUUACCACUCUGUCUGUGUGGGUGGACCAUUUCAGAUUGUCAGUGAUGUGUACGCCAAGGAACUUGAAGCUUUUCACCUUCUCCACUGUGGUCCUGUCGAUGUAGAUAGGGGCGUGCUCCCUCUGCUGUUUCCUGAAGUCCACGUUCAGCUCCUUCAUUUUGUUGAAGUUGAGGGACAUGGUGAGGCAGUGGCUAGGGAGUAUUGUUGAUGAUGUCACCAAGUACUUGCUCACAGUUGGCUGUUCCUUAGAGAAGGUGGAGCAUGUACAGAGUGCCAUGGAGGUCUUCUCUGCAAUGCAGAGCAUGUGCUCUCAGGUCACUAAACUGGUUGGGCCUGUUUUGACGGCAGGAUUCGUUCUGAGCCUGUUUCAACUUGUCAGUGAUUCUCUCUAUUUAUUUUGUGUGGGGUACAAAUUAAAACAAAAACAUAUAUAAAGUAAUGUGAAACAGAUACAUUUCUGACAUUGUUGUUAUGGUGUGAAUCAGUGUUAGACGUCUUCGCAAUUCACCAUCAAUAAUCUAAUACAGGGUGAUGAUCCAGAUGGCGGUCAGUUUAACAAACAACGCAAUUGUCUGUCUUUCCCCUGCAGACCUACACACACCACACAUCUGACUACUGCACUGAUAGACAGACACACACUGAACUUUCCAUGGCAACACCUCAAGGACAUCUCUCUCUCUGCCUGUCUCUCUCGCUCUCCCGCUCAUCUCUUUGAGUCCAUUAGUAAGGUUUUGGCCUCCAAUGUGUAAUGAGAGGUAUGGCAUAGGUUAUACUAAUGAUACAUAACCCUUCCUGAUGACAACAGUGAGUUGGAUCAGUUCCUCUUUGGGAUAAUGCUGUUUCUUCUUGAUUUUUGUUGCUUUCGUUUUGUUUUUUUGUUACUGUUCGAAUGUUGACGAUGGGAACUGUCUGAUGCCAGGAACAGUAGAAUUGGCACUUUGUUUCUAGUGCCUUCGUUGAAGUCACAGGCUUUUCCUUUGUAGCUUUUUACAAGCCCACUGUCAUUACUUUCACCUCGUAUGGUGAGUCUGGAGGUGGCUAUAGCUACUGUCUUGUACUUAGUGUUCAGUCUCUUCCUGAAACUCUGAUCUCCUCCUAACAAUCUCCAUGUCCUGAUGAUUUCCUGCAAGUUUGAUUACUCACACACAGUACACUGGAUACGUUAUUGUACUCCUAUAUCUUGAGUAAUAGUAAUCUCAUCAUAUAACUGUAUGUAAGAAAUGAACUUAUCUUAUUUUCUCCCCUUUUUUUCUGUCUGUCUCUCUCUGCCUCUGUCUACCUAGGGGCGGACCGGGCGGCAUGAGCUGGUCACCUUUCUGGAUAACAAAGAGAAGAUGGCAUCGAAGAAGAAGACUGGCGUGAUAGUGGGGGUCCUCAUCACUCUGCUUGUCUUGGCAGCCGUGGCAGGAAUCCUCAUCUGGCUCUUUGCUAGUGAGUACAACUUUACUAUUUAGUCUGAGACUAAUGCAUGUAAAAAUCAUAGACUGUAGGUACUAUCACUCAGUCUGACUGAGUGAAAAUGCAAAGGAUGGCCCAAAGUGGCUCAAUAACUCCAACUGUAGUAAUGUUGAUGAUUUCCAACCCUCUCAGUUUGGCUUGGAGUAUUCUGGUUUGUUUCUUCUAAUGUCUGAAUAUAAAAUGGAUAGAUCAAUGUAAACAAUGUCGAACAGCUUUUUAUAAUCUACCCGGAAGGACUUAGGUUUGAGUUGGCAGCCCUAGCCAACUGCCAUUGGCCAAUCUAAACCUGCCAUCUACAGGGCACAUCCAGGAGAUUUCACAUUCACAGGCUCCACUAAAAGUGGAGCACUGCUUAUUUGAAGGCCUAGACGUUUGAUACAAAUAUCUGAAAUAAGUAUAACGUUUGGAAGUUUUAAUUUGACAUUGAUGUUAACCUGUUUGACAGGCCUUAAUUUGGUUGUUGUUAAUAAUUCAGGGGAGUAAAGGGGCGUGGUCAAGAGUAGACGGAACACCCUGACAGACAGUCACACACACGCUCACUCUCCAGCCUGAUCAGAGGUUUUACAGCGAGAUGAUAAACAAAACAAACAAACUCCUAAUUCUCCUAAAUCACUGUUGUUCUCUUUGUAGUCGCUCCAGCAGAGAAUCCCUAUUAACCAUCUCUGGAAGUUUAUGAGGAGGCAUUGGUGUUGCAUGUAGAACUUUUCUAAACUACUUCCUCUUUCUCCCACUCUCUUUCCCCCCAGUCAAAGACAGGGAGUCGGCGGCCACCAUAAGUAUGAAGCGUGUCCCAGCUCAGCGGGUGUAUAGCGGGCACAUGAAGCUGGACAACGUGCCCUACAACCAGAAUCUGGAGGACCCCACCAGCACAGAGUUCAACAAGCUGGCAGACAACCUGGAAGAGAUUGUGAGUUUGACCCCAGUUUAGGCUCAGAUGCCAAGAUGUUCUGUUCAAAAAACAGAUUGAGCUUAUUGUUUUUGAUGGUGGUCAAAUGUUGACAGACGAUAGUGACGAGACGACAGACAUUUCCCAUUUCUUUGCUUGAAAUGAGUUGAACUUUUGUUGGAUGACUGGCCCAAUACCCUUACCUCCACCCACAGGACCCUUUAGGCCAGGUACAGUAUAAAGUCAGGUGUCGGAGUUCAGAACUGACUGAGAUUCAGUUUCUCUCUCUCGUAAGAUUUGUUGUAGCUAUCCGCCACAGCAUGUUUUUCUCCUGGUGGAAGGAGAUUGCCAAAGGCACAUUUGUGUGGGUGGACUGGAAGAGAGAAAAUCAUCUAGUUAACUCUGUUAUUCACUCCAAAAACAUUUCCUUUCAUUAGAGUAAUGGAGAUGUGUGUAUCGCCACUUGGGAACAUGACAAUGGUAAAUUGCUAUUGCUAAACCCACGGUCAGUGAGGCAACGCUUUAGUAUGUAUAUCUGCGUGAGUGACAAUGUAAGGUGUGUGUGAAUACCGAGGUGGUCUGAAUAUAAUUCUAGAUGACUGUUCACUGAGCAUUAAUGUGACAACAGAACACAAACACACACCACCAUCACUUUUCUUGGUAUCUAACUGGCCAAUACCUGGCGCACUCCCAACACCACGGUAACCUUGAUCAAUUAAACCUUGUAUGGAGGAUUCAGCAGAACUCUGAGGUCAUGGCUCCCUCUCUUCGCCAUGGUAAAAACAAAUGGGUCGUCAGGUAACCUAGUGAAUGAUCAGUUUUAUGUUUUGGCUUUUUUCUCCAGCUUAAGAUCAACUACAAACAAGUUGAGUUCCUCUCCAAGUACUACACCAAGUCUGUGGUGACCGCCUUCAGGUAGGAGAGCAUUCUGGGAUGUGGAGUUUCUGCAUGUUGGUCAUGUACAGAUGGCCAUAAAGCUAGUCAUGUGAUCACUUUGUUUAUUACAUAAUAUGAAUCUUUGAAAAUGCUUAUUGGAUAAGUGUAAUUUGGCACAAUGGAAAGUCCAUUGCAGCAACUCAAAACACCAGCUGUACUUGAGGGGGUUUGGUUAAAAACUGCACUAUAGAAACGUUGAAGUGCAUGAUUGUGAGUGAUCCAUUAAGGCCUCAGUCAGCAUAGUUUGGUCUUCUACACCUUCCUUCAAGUCCCUCUCUCUCCAGUGAGGGGGUGCUGGCCUACUACUGGACCCAGUUUGACAUCCCGGCAGCGGACCUGGAGAUGCUGCCAGAGUUCUCUGAGGAGCGGGUCCUGGAGGUGCUGUGGAAUGGCAUCAGGGAGCAGGGCAAAAGCUCCGGCCAGAACCUCCACAUCAGCGAAGUCACUGCCUCACGUGAGUUAGUAGUUAGUACCACCCAGUCAAGACCAAACCAGUGGGUGUAGUCUUUGGGGCAGGGGGUUCUAUCUAUAGACUUAGGGUUUAAACUAAGGCAGCAGAGACCAACCCUCCUCCUGGAGAGUUAACCUGAGUCCUGCAAGCUUCCGCUUCAACCCAAAUCCAACACCCCUCAUUCUACUAAUUAGCUGCUCACCAAGACCUUGAUUAGCUGAAUGAGGGGUAACAGAGUUGGAGCAAAAGCCUGCACACCCAGUAGCUCUCCAGAAGGAGGGUUGGCCUCCCCUGAACUAAAGGGUGGUUUUUAAUGAAGAGCAAUGUACUGUCUGAAGCAAGCCCCCUCUCUGUCAUCUUUCAUAAGAAUUCAUAUCUGAUCUGAUUUCUGCCAUUAAUGGCUGUUCUAUGCCAGCUAGAUGUCUCUGACAUGCCCUAAUAAGAUAACAUGGAGGUAUAAGGGACGCCUCUCUGUUUGUAUUGUAUCAGAGAUUGGACACUUUAUGUAGUUUGGGUCCUCUGAUGACAUUACAGUAGCUGGCCUCUGGGCUGCCCUCUAGCUGCCUGCCUGCCUGGCGCUUGCCAUUGUCAUUUUUCUAGCUUCUGUCUACAUCACAUUGCAUUGGUUUUGCUCUCUUUAAAAUGAUUUCUGUUUAUAUGAUUUGAUGUGGCUGUUAGACUGAGACGUAUCGCUGGGCUCCGCGGGGCAAGGUGGGGGGGGGGGGGCGUUAAACAACAGUCCAUUGGCAGCUGUCUUUUAACAGCAGUGUGUACGGCAACCCAAAUAUAAUAUACCCAUGCAUCAAACUCUAUCAGCCUCUCAGUUUGGUAACACUCUCUUAACCCUCCCUCCUUAUCUCUCAUUUCCCCUCUCCCUCUCCUCCUUCAUCUCUCCUUUCCUCUCGUCUCCCUCCCCCUCUUACUCCACCACUCUGUCUCCUUCCACCGCCCCCUUCUCUCUAGGCACAGACCCCAGGAUGGCCAGGAACCCCAGAGCUGGUGAGUAAACCCGCUGUCUCGCGUUUCAAUCACUUGCCGCUGUAAUUUUCCAGCCCGCUAGAUGUUCACCCUGCUGCUGCCAGUCUGUGACGAAUGCCUGCCCAGCUUGAUACAUAAUGCUACUGCUACUGCUGCUCCAGUCAUGAAGAGAUUGAGAGCCCUGGCUAUAUAGUACAUGAGUGGACUACUGAAUAAAAAUGGAUGUUGGCCUAUUUCACUCAUAUUUUUUUACCCUCUGUGUUGACGUGUAAUCCUCAAACGAUUUUACGCAUGUUACAUUUAAUUUCAGAUGAGAGUUGAUAGUUGACAUUGCAUCAACAGAUGAAAUUGCAUGAUGAACAGUGUAUAAGAUGUGUACAUUUCUCCACACCAUGAUAUGACAUUUUGAUUGAUGCCAUACAACACAGCUCUAAUCUUUUUUCAACUAUGUUAUCUGCCUUGACGUUUGCACUUUUGGGAGUAGCGAGUCCAGAGUUUUUCCUUAGCAUGUGAGCUGACCAGGGAAAACCCACGGCCUUGUUGGGCUACUGUACCUGAAUGUCUGUACAUCUACUAAUGUAAUCUGUUAUGGUGUUCAUUCCUGCCCGUCAGAUGACGAGUGUUUCUUCCGGUUGGAGGCUGACACUUUAGUUCAGAGCUUCCAGUCUCCAGGCUUUCCAGAUCAGUACCCAGCCCAUUCCCGCUGCCAGUGGCAGAUCAGAGCCCCAGAACAGAACGCCAUCUCAGUCCGAUUCUCCCACUUCCACAUAGAGGACGACUGCUCCGAUGACUUUGUGUCCAUCUACGACUCCCUCAGCCCGGACGAGUCCCAGGCCAUCACUCAGUGAGUGCUCUCACAACCACUACUGUGAUGAUGAUAAAUAAUAUUAAUAAUGCAUUGAUUUUUAUUAGUGCUUUUCAUGGACCCAAAUACUCUUGUAUAGGGAUGGUGAUGAGAGAGGCUGAAUCAGGCCAAUGUUUGUCAUAAUGCAGCUAUUCUCCACAGCCCAAGGAAAUCUGUGACAAACUCCAGCUUAAUAUCAGCAGUGAUGCACAGACAAGUGAAUUCAAUUGUAAGAUUGCAGAUUUGUGUGAGACAUAUGGGCUUUGUUCGAUCGAAGGUGGUUACCUGGUGUCUAGGCUAAGUUUAAUUGAUAGGUUGUUGUGCUGCGAGAAUGCGGGUUUGUUUCCAAUCGAUAAAGCUAUGUUAACAGUGGGAAAAAGGAAGCAGAAAGUCAUAACUUCAAGGAUGCUUUCUUUCAGCGCAAUAAAUUAUAGAUUCUUCAUCCUACCAAGAAACAUACACUGAGUAUACAAAACAUUAGGAACACCUGCUCUUUCCAUGAGAGACUGACCAGGUGAAUCCAGGUGAAACCUAUGAUUCCUUAUUGAUGUCACCUGUUAAAUCCACUUCAAUCAGUAUAGAUGAAGGGGAGGAGACAGGUUAAAGAAUAAAAUGUAAGCCAAGUGAAACAUGGAUUGUGUAUGCGUGCCAUUCAGAGGAUGAAUGGGCAAGACAAAAAACGUAAGUGCCUUUCAACGGGGUAUGGAAGUAGGUGACAGGCGCACCGGCUUGACGGUGUCAAGAACUGCAACACUGCUGGGUUUUUCACGGUCUACAGUUUCCCGUGUGUAUCAAGAAUGGCCCACCACCCAAAGGACAUCCAGCCAACUUGACACAACUUCUGAGGGCAAAAGUGGGCGGUGCAACUCAAUAUUAGACGGUUUUGUACGCUCAGUGUAUCCCACUUGUUUACAACCUUUUAUGAAUUAUUGUCCAACCAAGACAUGCAUACUACCAGUACCAACAUAUGCUUACUUAAUGAGAAAAUAAAGUAAAAGUGUGUCAUGUAGUUUUCCAAGAUUCCCAAGAGGGACCGGAACAUCACUUUAUAUUUGGCUAAGGUGCCUGGUGGGAAUAGAAAAACAUGGGAGAAAACUGUAGUUUUGAAGUGUAGUGAAUGCUGUGGACUUCAUUCCCGUCACAUCAUUGGUGAUUUUAGUUACUUGUUGGUAUCCUGGUGCAUUUAGCCCAGCACGUCGUCUUUCACUGUUAACAUUGGGGACCUUCAGUGAGAUUGAGUUGGCUCAAAAGGACCUCUCUUUUCCAAUCUACCAGGGGUGCCACUCGGCCACCAUGCUGCUGUGUGUAAUUACGGUUGGUUGUCUGUGGACUCUGUGGGCGGCCGGAUCUCUCUCUCUCCCACUGUGGCCACCUGAGUGCAAAUCCGUGGCGGCUACACUGCAGGCAAUUUCAAGUUCCAAAUCCUUCGCCAAACAAAUGCGGGUAGCCAGGCGAUGCGUAAGAUUUUUAUAUUGCUGCUCAGCCCAUCAGCUUUAUCCAAGGUGACACCAGGUUUAUGAGAGCCAUAAUACAGUAGUUUCUAAUGGCAUUACCCUGCUGCAGGUAGAUGUAGUGCUGCUCUUGCAGUGUCAUUCACACCUCUGUGGCUCCGGCCGCCGGCCCACAAUGCAGGAACGUUUAGCUAAAAUACCUGUUUGACUUUGAAAUGCCGUGUGUGUGUGUGUGUCUGAGCGGGCAAGAGUGAGGCGAGAGCCCAAGAGUGAUCUAUUGAUCUCCACUCUGCUAUUUUUUCCCCCUUUUAAUAGUUGAUUUGAUGCUUUUUGAUGUGUGGGUGCUCAUCAAUUAUUUAGACAUUUCAAAUAUAUUUAAUGGACAUUUUGGGUUUCUGAUUCAUGUGUUUUAUUGAAAGUGUGAAAUGUCACUCUAGCAACACAGUGUAGAUGGUAUACUGAUGGUUUAUGCCUUUCAUGCCUGCACCUCAUUCUGUCAUUGAAUGAAUUGAAGUCCCACACCUUGAUCAGUGUUGCCCAGCCCUGUCAUUGGUUGACGUCUCCAUUUCCUGUAUGAAUCUCCUCCUACAGCAAGUGUGGUCAGAGGCCUCCUACCAAUCCCUUGGAGGUGGUGUCGUCCAGUAACAUCAUGCUCAUCAACCUCAUCACCGACAGCAAUGUCCAGAGGCCCGGCUUCAGGGCAGAGUACUCAAUCAUCCCCCUAACAACAUGUAAGCUAACAUGACACAGUCAUCCCCUUAUCUGUAACAACAGGUACAAUGACAAUGCCACUCAAACUGUCCAUCUUUAACAUGAUGAACACUCUAAUGACCCAACUGUUGCCAUUUCAGCCAAAAGUUGUGGAGGAGUCCUGAGUGAUGCUCAGGGGAACUUCAGCUCCGCCCAUUACCCCAGCUUCUACCCCCCAGCCCUGGACUGCAAGUGGACCAUUGAGGUAGGUGAUGCUGCACCAUAGCCCCUUCUGUUACCCUCUCUCUCUGGUCCCUUAUUACCCCCUCUCUGGAGUCCCCUCUAUUUACCCCCCUCUCUCUCUGGUCCCUCUCUAUUUACCCCCUCUCUCUCUGGUCCCUCUCUAUUUAACCCCCCUUUCUCUGGUCCCUCUCUAUAUUUACCCCCUCUCUCUCUGGUCCCUCUCUAUUUACCACCUCUCUCUCUGGUCCCUCUCUAUUUACCCCCUCUCUCUCUGGUACGUCUCUAUUUACCCCCUCUCUCUCUGGUACCUCUCUAUUUACACCCUCUCUCUGGUACCGCUAGAUUUACCCCCUCUAUCUGGUACCCCUAUCUAGUCCCCUCUUUCCUGAACUAUCCAAUGCUCUGUAUGAGGGGAAUGCUGAGGCUGCAGGAUGUCAGCCAGGCUGUUCAGUACCUCUUCCAUCUUCAUCUGUCCUAUUGCAGCAGCAGCCAUUAAGGCUGUGUGUCUGGGGGGAGGAGGUGGGCUGGGUGUUCUCCAACAGUUACUGUAGGUUGAGUUCCAAUUCCCUACACCUGCCACUUGGUCCCAUUCCCCUUGUGGAUUUGAAAUCAUUGGAUUGGUGUAAGCAGGCUCGAGGGAGUUCCCACCGUAUUUUCUUCACCAUUUAUUUUGAAUUGAUGAGGAGGAAUGAUCAAGGAGCAGGGCAGAGGGGAGGAGUGGUAGCAUUUUCCAACUCUUAAGACUCACAUGAACACAACCCUGGUUAAUGAUCUAUCCACGUCCUCUGUCUCUCAGGUCCCUGCAGGGAAGCAGGUACGUGUCAAGUUCACCAUGUUCCGUAUGAAGGAGCCGAGAGUGGACGUCAGGGUGUGUCACAAAGACUACAUAGAGGUCAUGGGCACCAAGUAAGACUUUCCCUCUACUUACUGGACUUUAUUGAUUAUCACAGGAUAAAGGAAAUGUGUCAUCUGCUUUAAACCAUCACAUUCCAUUGACAUACGAUGUCAGUAUUUCCACUGUUUCUUUGUCAGGUACUGUGGGGAGAUGUCUUCUCUGGCCCUGACCAGUACCACCAGCUCUCUGGUUGUGGUGUUCCACUCUGACGAGUCCUUCACAGACAAAGGCUUCCUGGCUCAGUACAAUGCAUACGAUCCUUCCAACCGUGAGUAGUUUCUCUGGUGUUAUAUACAGUGCCCUCCACUAUUAUUGGCACCCCUGUUUAAGAUGUGGUCGAGGACUUCCAAAAAUUCUCUUUUUUUUUUAAACAACAUAGAACCCAAAUGCAAAAAAAGAGAAAAAGCCAACCUUUUAUUUAAGUACAUUACUUUGGUGGUAAAAAAAAAAAUCACACAUUUAGAAAAAAAAAAACUUGAAAUCAUGUGUCCCACAAUUAUUGGCACCCCUAACAAUUCCGCUGAAAAUUUUAAUAGAUUUUUUUUUAAAUAUAUUUUUCUGUAGUUGCUAAAGUUGGUCAGGGUAUCUAGGAACUUUUAAUUAGUAAUUCAUGACUUCCUGUUUCCCAGAGCACGGCGCUUGUAACGCCAAGGUAGUGGGUUCGAUCCCCGGGACCACCCAUACACAAAAAAAAAAUGUAUGCACGCAUGACUGUAAGUCGCUUUGGAUAAAAGCGUCUGCUAAAUGGCAUAUUAUAUUAUUAUUAUUAUUAUUAUUAUAUUAUUAUUCAAGUAAGGCAGAUUUGUGUCGACCUUCAUAAGUCAGGCAAUGGCUACAAGAAAAUAGCCACUCGCCUUAACUUGCCCGUAUCUACAGUCAGAGGAAUCAUUAAGAAGUUUAAAAACAACUGGAACAGUGACAAACAAGGCUGGAAGAGGUCCCAAGUUUAUCUUGCCACAACGCACAGUGAGGAGGAUGGUAAGAGAAGUAAAAAAAAGUCCUAAGCUCACUGUCACAGAAUUGCAUCAAAGAGUGGCAUCUUGGGGUCACAAAGUCUCCAAAACAACCAUCAGACGCUCUCUACAUGCCAACAAGCUGUUUGGGAGGCAUGCAAGGAAAAAGCCUUUUCUCACUAACACUCACAAACGUAAACGUCUGGAGUUUGCUAAGCGGCACUGGGACUUCAACUGGGAUCGUGUGCUUUGGUCAGAUGAGACUAAGAUUUAGCUUUUUGGCAACAAACACUCUAAGUGGGUCUGGCGUAAAACAAAAGAUUAGUAUGCCGAAAGCACCUCAUGCCCACCGUGAAGUAUGGUGGAGGAUCUGUGAUGCUGUGGGCCUGUUUCUCUUCCAAAGGCCCUGGGAACCUUGUUAGGGUGCAUGGCAUUAUGAAAGCUUUGAACUACCAGGACAUUUUAAAAUAAAAACCUGAUGGCCUCUGCCAGAAAGCUGAAGAUGGGUUCUCAUUGGGUCUUUCAGCAGGAUAAUGAUCCAAAACAUGUGGCAAAAUCUACACAAAAAUGGUUCAGCAGUCACAAACUCAAGGUCCUCCCAUGGCCAUCUCAGUCCCCAGACCUCAACCCAAUCGAAAACCUGUGGGGCGAGCUAAAGAGGAGAGUGCAUAAGAGAGGACCCAGGACACUGGAUGAUCUAGAAAGAUUGUGCAAAGAAGAAUGGUCAAAGAUCCCUCUCUCUGUGUUCUCCAAUCUUGUGAAAUGUUAAAGGAGGAGAUUAAGUGCUGUCUUGUUGGCAAAAGGGGGUUGUACAAAGUAUUAACAUCAGGGGUGCCAAGAAUUGUGGCACAUAUUUCAAGUUUUUGUAUUCUUCUAAAGUGGCAUAUUUUAUUGUUUUAUGUACACGGCAAAAGAAUGUAUACUUCAAAUUAAAGGUAUGAUUGUUCUUUUUUUUGCAUUUGGGUUCUAUGUGUUUAAAAAAAAGGAAGAAUUUUGGAAGUCUCGACCACAUCUUAAAAAGUGCUAGGUUUGCCAAUAAUUAGGCAUGAUGACCGGAUUGUAUAAAACGGUCUGAAGGUCUACCAUUUUACGGACGUUUCAAACCCCUCUCAUGGCAAAGAUAUGGGAGUGUAGUGUUAUUCAUGUGAAAGUUGCUAUAUGAAAGAGGAAAAUCGUCACUAUAACAACUGAACUAGUGCCCCAAACCCAGUGGCACACUCAGAAGAGACGGUUCAAUAUAUAAUAUUAUUGUUCUGUUAUCUGCGGUCCAGUCAGAGAGCACUUCUAGUUUCCAUCUCAGUCCCCUCCACUCCCCUCGUCCCCUCCACCCUCUGUAGUGCUGCUCUCUCAGAGUUGGGGCCAUAAUGGAUUUCUAAUUGCUUUGAUCAAUGGGUACGAGCAGAAGGCAACAAGACGGAUGGGCCGACUAUACACUGUCAUUCCCUCACACUCCUUCUGUCACUCGCUCUCUCUCCAUCUUUCUCUCUCUCAUCCCCUCCUCCCCCCACCUCAUUCUCUCUAUUCUGUUACUGUGUGCAGCUUGCCCCAACCAGUUUGCCUGUGGCUCUGGAUUCUGUAUCAAGAAGGAGCUGCAUUGUGACGGCUGGAACGACUGUGGGGACAUGAGUGAUGAAAUGAACUGCAGUAAGUAGACACUGUCCUUGCUUGGCCUCACCUCACCCCUACCUCACUGCCCCUCAACACUCCCCCUCACCCCUCCCUCACUCCCCUCCCUCUCUCCCCCUUCACCUCACGUUACCUCUCCCCCUUACCUUCCCUUCACCUACUUCCCACUCCCCUCACAUUCCUGUGUGUGUGCAUGUCUGUGUGAUAGAAGCCUCUGACACACUGGCUGUUUCCUCUUGCUAUUUUCAGAAUGUGAAAAGGACCAGUUUGCCUGUGACAACGGGAUGUGCAAGCCCAAGUACUGGGUGUGCGACCGUGUCAACGACUGCGGUGACGAGAGUGAUGAGAAGCACUGCAGUGAGUAGCCGCCUUGCCGGCCAGACCCUCUCUAUCUAUGUAAUGCCAGUCUGCGGGCUAUACGGCCCGCUAAUUGUGCUAACAUUAAAGGCGCUAAUGCGGUGGGCACUGGCUCCUAGCUCGGCUGUGUGUGGUCAUUACUUUAGCAGUAAUGUUGCUUGAUGGAAGCCUUGCCCAAUUUGCUCAGCCUCCGUCCAGACUCUUAAUCAUGUAUAAUGCAUUCAGCCUUUUAAAGCACAGAGCGGGGGAGGGAUAGAGGGAGAACAAGCGGCCAGUCUGGCCACAUUAGUAAAAAUGUCUCUCUCUCUCUCCUCCCCCCUCCCCCUGUUCCAGGCUGUGCUAACAGUGAGUUUAGGUGUGGUGACGGGACCUGUUUGCCUCAGGAUGUGGUGUGUGACACUAAGACAGACUGUGUGGACGGGAGUGACGAGGCUUCCUGUACCAUCUGUAAGUCAACCCACAGAACACACACCAGACUCACUCAUUACAUGACAUGACAUGACACACCUCUCUUUUGACAUACUUUAGCAAUGUUUAUGCUACUACACACACCACACAUACACACACCUCUCCUCACAUGAAAACCCUGUCACUCCUUUUUAAUCUCAGUUUUGUGGAUAAAGUGGGAUGUUAGACUAGACCGUCUCAAUCAAUACAGCCAAUCAAUGUAAACCACAGCCCUAUCACUGUGUAUGGUGCACUGCAUUCUGAUGCCUAACUUUCUGAUGUGUCUUUUCAUCCAACCUGGCCUAGCACUGAAAUAGGUUUAUGAUAAAUGGGAUUGUUUAAAAAAAAUUCAGAAAUGUGGUUUCUUAUGAUCUCUGGUUGGGUUUUCACUUUUAAUUUUUUCUUCUCUCUCUCUCUCUCUCUCUCUCUCUCUCUCGCUCUCUCGCUCUCUCUCUCUCUCUGUGUGCAGCUUCUGGUAUCUGCUCUGACUUCAGCUUUAAGUGUAAGAACGAGGCGUGUGUGAACAAGGUGAACGCUGAGUGUGACCGGGUCAAAGACUGCACCGACGAAUCAGACGAGGAGGGCUGCGGUAAGACAAGACAACCCAGCAGCAAGCUCUUUCAUUCCUCCUCUCCUCCUCUCCUUUAGGUCUUCACUCGCUUCCCAUCCUCUGGGCAACUCUCGCUCUUCUCUUGUCUUUGGAAAAACAUCCAUGAGUUAGCAUGUAGUCUUAGAACACCUGUUUGAUGCAAAAACCUAAACUAGCACAUGAAACCAGUUGUAAGCUCAUCAGUGUCACUCCUAACAGUGAGCUACAGGACAGCAGAGUAGUGGGGCUGAGAUAACGUAUGACUGGCUGCCUGUCUACAGAGCACCAAACAAGCCUGAGGGCCUCCAUCCAGCAAUUUUAUUUAUUUGAUUCUUCUUUUGAGAACUAUUGACGUCUGUGUGAAUAUUUUUAUGUUUUUCCUUUCCUACAAGCCUCGGGGUCUGGCAGUGUUUUUUUGAUCAGCUAAUAUGUGUCGGUGCCUUAUUAUAAUUCCAACGAGCCACGCGGUUCAGCGCCAAGGCCACGGUGUCAAGUGAAAGUUAUUUUCUCCUUCUCUUCUCUCUGUUCAUUAACUCUCAUCUCACUCUUCCUCUCCUCCAUUCCACCUUACCUCCCAACAGACUGUGGCAUCCGGCCAUACAAGCUUAACCGUAUUGUGGGCGGGGAGAACGCGCAGCUGGGGGAGUGGCCCUGGCAGGUGAGCCUGCACUUCCAGACCCGUGGGCAUGUGUGUGGUGCGUCAAUCAUCUCCAACCGCUGGCUCCUGUCUGCCGCCCACUGCUUCAAGACCGUCAGCCCUGAGUUAGUUCCACAUACACAACACUGCUCUCCAUUCCUCACUGCUUCCUCCCUGCUCCUCCUGCCUCUCAGCAGAUUGCCCUUCCUAUUGUUUCUGGAGCCUUUCAAAUGUCCUCCUUUCGCUUCGCUUUUGUUCUCUAUGCCUCUUUUUUUUGGUCUGUCUAUCCCAUCAUGCCUGUGGGGAGUUUAUGGGUUCUCUACUCUACUGAAGCUUCUCUCCUUGACUUCUUCUUUCAAGAUCUCCAGCCCUGCACAUGUACAUGGCACCCCUCACACCUCUUCUUGUUUCUGAUUCACAGACGGAUCAUCCCAUCUCUGCUUCUGAAGCCUCUGAUAUCUCCCACCUCCCUCUACUCUGCUUCCAAACACCUUUUUGGUCCUCCUUUCCCACGCCCGGGGGUAGUUUAUGGCCACUCUGCUGUCUUUUGUCUACUUGACUGAGUUAACUUUGUUUGUUGGCGUCCCAUUCUCUUUAUUAUUGUUCAUUAUUCCAGAUGACCUCGUUUUAGGGAACCUGUUCGUUCAUUUAAUACUAAGGGCUCUUCAAUCUGUAAAGCUGAUUCCGCAAUAGAAAUGUAAAGGUCAUUUCCGAUUGAGCAAACAUAUGCAGCGUUUACCGUGAAUGCGUUCUCUGCUAAAGUGGGAACAUUGCCUUUACAUUUCAAUCACACUGUAAAGCUGAAUUUCCGCAAUGCGGAUUGAAUAGGUCCCUAAGAGAGACACGAGUAUGAUGGGUAAACCAUGCUUUACACAACACAGGAGUGUUUUGAUCCACAGUACAAGGACUGAUAAAUUAGUCCCUGAUUAUACUGUUUAGAAGAGAUGCCUCAGGGACCACAUUUGCAUCAAAGCAGCUUUUUAUAGUGUAUAUAAUAAUGUUUAGUUAUCUGGGCUGCCAGUAGGUGGAGCACUAGCCAUGCACUAUACGAUGAUCCUGCACCGCUGUGUUGGGAUGGAUGUGGUGUUUUCCAUUUAGAUAGCCAACCACUGUAGGGGAUGAUGUAGCUGUGCACUGCGGCGGUUUCAUGAACAGUACAUAGAUUUACAGAGCUCUGCUGCUAGCAUUGGUUCCUCUCACAAUCACACAGUCAGCUUGGAAGAGAAAUGGCUUCCUUUCUGUAUACAGACAGCAUUCUCUUAUUCUGUGGGGAGGCUCUAUAGGUUGAGCUCAAUCCUAUAGCAGCAGUAGGCAGUCUUAGACUCAAUCUUACAUGGCUGAUUCAAUCAAUUGAGUCUUUAUUAAAGACUGAUUAGUUCAUUAUUGGAGUCAGGUGUGUUGCUGCUUUGGCCGAAGCAAAAGCCUGCCCCCAUAUUGGCCCCUUUCAGAUAAGACCGUCCAGCCCCUGGACCUAUUAGGCUGGUUAACAUACCCACAAUCAAUUCAAUCUGCUCCUGUACUUUGUAAAAAACACUUUCAAGUGAGAUUUCAAAGGCAGAGGGCCAGCAGAAUAACUGAAUAAUGUUACCCUCCCAUGCCCUCUCUCUCUCUCUCUCUCUCUCUCUCUCCCCUCAUCUCCUCCUCCUCUAGAAACCACGUGGCCUCCAACUGGCAGACAUACAGUGGCAUGCAGGACCAGUACAAGCAGGAUAAUGUUCAGAGACGCUUGCUGAAGACCAUUAUCACCCACCCAGACUACAACCAGAUGACCUAUGACUACGACAUCGCCCUGCUGGAGCUGAGCCAGCCGCUGGAGUUCACAAACACCAUCCAUCCCCAUCUGCCUACCUGCACGCUCCCACCUCUUCCCUGCUGGCAUGUCCUGUUGGGUCACAGGCUGGGGCACGCUCCGCGAAGGAGGUGAGGGGUCGUAUAGUUACGCUAUUGUUCUUAUAGACCUGGGUCAUAUACAAUACAUAUGUUGAAUAAUUUCAAACGCUAAUGUUGCAAUUGAUUUAGUGCAUUGGGUUAAAGUUAACAUACAUUUACUUAUCUUUUAUGCUACAGAACUGGGUCAAUCUAGGGAUGGGCAUUUGACAUUUCUUGAGUGUUAGAGUUCUCGCAUUAUUUUUUUGUACUGGAGUAUUGAAAUAAAUAAAUAAAAUAUAUAUUUUUAGAACACAAGGCCUGCACUAGAGAAAAAUAUGUGUGCAUUUAUCUAUAUGCCAACAGCGUGCAAAAAUGCCUAAUUUAUCAUAACCUUUACAGAUAACACGUUCUAAUUGCUAAAUUGCCCCAUAUAGCCUACAGUAUAUUCAGUCAAUAAAAAAACAAGUGCCAUUUGAGAAUCAUGAAUUGAAACCAUAAUGAGCUGUAUAACCGGCUUGGCUCUGACGGGGUCACUCACAGCUUCGCCUAGCAGUGGCAAAAUAUUGGUUUUAAAUAAAAAAGAUAAAACGCAUAAGGAAAUAUCUUACUGUGUUUUCUAAACGCAGAUCUAAAAUGAUUCUUAUAGUAAUUUCUGCUCGGCAUCAGACUUAUGUGCUUCAGUUGCGCUUCUUCACUCGGAUGAGAAUUCACGAACUGGCGUUCUAUCUGCAAACAGUGCUCUGACUGAUGUGUAGCUACUUUUCUCUGGUACUUUUCUCGGUAGCCUCCUUUUCUCUGGUAAAAUGCAAGAUUAACUUCAAACAAAACAUUUGAUUAAGAAAUGUAGCUGGCUACAUUCUUUCUAUGAUAAACACUAGAAAUAUGAUGGCCAUGCAUCGUUUUUGCAAAAAAAGACCUUACUCAUUGGAAGCUCAUUUACUUGUGUGGCUUCUAGCCAAAUAGCGCUGCACUUCGGUUGUCACCUGAUGAAAAUGAAGCUAUUUCCUGACAAAUGUGUUGCACAAAUGUAUUUUCUGUGAAGGAGAACUAUAGUUGCACAACCCUGAUCACUCUAUUGAAGGGGGGAAAAAAACACUUGACUUUCAACAUAAAACGCAGGUGAAAGGUUUUAAACUCAACCGCCUAUCCUGGAGUUCGGGCCAGGUAGCCUACAUCUGUGCGCACUCGAGCAAUACUGACAAGAUGGAGAAACCAGACAUGUUGACAUAAAAUAUAUAUAAUUAAAUAAACCACAACUUCAUUAUCACCGCAUAGUUUGAGCUCUCCAAACAACGUGUCCACUACAAGAAUGAGAAUGGUAUGCCGUAUUAAUACAUUGAAUGAACAGAAAUGACCGUAACCAAAUAUUCUAGGUUAAUGGAAAUGGCAAUGAUUAAUGGUAGCCUACAAUUACUACUGGUGAUACUUUGAUAUAUAGCAGGGAAUUCAUUAACUUUGACAAACAAUUCACACCAUGAAAACAAUGUGAUUGAGCAUUAUUUGGCAUGGAGAGAGAUGUGCCCAUUAGAUAAAAUAAAACAUCUCUGAUUUUUAAGAUUUUUUUAUGUCCAUUCGAGUACUCUGUACUCGAUUACUCAUGCCCAUCCCUAGGUCAUACAUGUUGAAUACUUUCAGAUAGUUGAGCUUUGCUUGAUUUAGUAUGAAGGGUCAUUUAGACUAAUGCUACUGUUCUCAUACUGCAGACUUGGGUAAAAUACUGUGCAUUAGGUCAAGUAUUUCCAUAUGCUCGAGCUGCACUUGAUUUUAGUUUGAAAGGAAUGGAGCCAAGAGACAGUGGAAUAGUCCAAGAAAAUGCUGAAUCCGCACACCUCACAUACUAACCAUUUGGCAUAGUAUUUGACUCAGUCAGGUGUGUUAUACAGCUCCUCUAUGAUAUACACAUCUUCUACGUCUCUCUUUCAUGCUGGCAUGCUUCUCUUCCCUCAUCUUGACAAUCCUCGCUCGCUCUCUCUCCAUCCCUCUCUCCUCAUGUCAUCCCUCUUUCCUCAUCUGUCUCCCAUCAUGGCGUCUUUCUCUUCAUCGCCAUGGCAUCCUUCUCUUCUCUUCAUCCCUCUCUCCUCCUGACGUCCCUCUUCCCUUACCUCCUCCCCAUUCAUUAUCAACCCUCAUCUCUCCCGUUCAUGACCUCCCUCUCUCAUUACGUCCCUCUCUUCUGUCAGCCCGUUCCAAUUCCUUCUCCCUCAUCUUCCGUCAUAAUAUUUUCCUCAUGUCAUCCCUCUCAUUCCCUUUCAUCUCUCCCACAUCUUUCUCUUAUCAUCCCUCUCUCUUCCAUUACACCUUCCUCCACAUCCAUAUGUCAUACCAUAUCUCCUCCCUCUCUCUUUCUCUUGAGGGAUCUCUUAACUCUCCAUUAGCCAACACAAAGCCAACCCGUUAGUACCUGGGCUGUAGGCUGUAGCUAGUGGACAUGAAGGUCAUCUCCUGGUAGUUCUAACCACGCGUCUUCUCUUUUUCUCGUGGCCGAUCAGGUUCCGUAGCACGGCUGCUGCAGAAGGCGGAGGUGAAGAUCAUUAACGACACGGUGUGUAACGUAGUCACCGAGGGUCAGGUCACAUCCAGGAUGCUCUGCUCCGGCUUCCUGUCCGGAGGGGUCGACGCCUGUCAGGUGGGAGGGAUACGCAUGGCAGGCUACAUGCACACACUACAUACUACACAUAUACAACUACACACACACAAUACAAACACAUGCAAUUAUAAACAGAAACAUAUGGCUUACACCUACAUCUUAAAACACUCCUAAACACGUUUCCUUUGUGCCCAAUGUAAUGUCUCUCUCCUUCUAUUCUCUUCUGUUUCUCUCAUCACUAGGGAGAUUCGGGGGGUCCCCUGGUGUGCUUUGAGGAAAGUGGGUCGUGGUUCCAGGCAGGCAUCGUGAGCUGGGGCGAGGGCUGCGCUCGUCGGAACAAGCCCGGCGUCUACUCGCGCGUCACCAAGCUGAGAGACUGGAUCCGCAAGCUCACAGGGGUUUGAUGAUGAGGGGCAUGGGGGAGGGAGGGCAGCGGGUAGACAGUUUGGGGUCUGAUGGGAGAAGACAAAAAAUAAGGAAUAUGGAACAUUGAGUCUGAUUGAGGACGUGUCCCCCCCAUGGCGACCACAGCUAUCCAUCCAUCUAGCCAGCCUCAACCAGCCCCCGACACCCACUGAGGGCCUGCAUGGGGCUAGCUACUGCUCAGAUGAAUGAUUUCAAAUGGGUUGGGAUUAGGUUUAUCAAUGCUUUUAUGUUGUACUGAUGCAACCUUGGUUCUCAAAGGCUCCAAGAAGCAGCAAGACUCCUGCACCUCGCUCAAUCAUGUCAUGUUCCACUGGUUUGAUGAAUAUUCUCCCAGUGUAAAUAAUGAAUGAUGUAUAUUUUGAAGACUCACUUUGUUUUUGGUGGUAUUUGCCAAAUCUCCCCCUUUGCUAUGAUGUGAGAUCACAUGUUCUGUUGUGCAGACAGACAUGCCAAAUGAACGGAGGGAAAUAUAAAUAGAACAGAAGUAGAAUAGAUAUAUUAUAGAAAGAUUUUACCUGCCAAUUUUCACUUACUUAAAGUACCUUGACAAGAACAUGGAAUAUUUUAUAAGUGAGUGUGAUACUAGCGAUGUUAGUAAUGCCGAGAUGCAUAGAAUCUUGAGUUCUAACAAAGAUUGUCUAUUGCAGUGCAAUCAGAGCCUAUUCAUACCCCUUGAUUUAUUCCACAUUUUGUUACAGCCUGAAUUCAAAAUGGUUUAAAUACUUGUUUUUUUUCACCCAUCUAUACACAAUUACCCCAUAAUGACAAAGUGAAAACAUAUUUUUAGAAAAGUUUGUACAGAAAUAUCUAAUUUAC